UUCUCCUACUAUGGAAUGCGAGCGGUGCUGGUGUUGUACUUCACAUACUUCUUGAGAUGGGACGAGGACUUGUCUACCUCUAUUUACCAUGCCUUUGUGGCCUGCUGCUACCUCACGCCCAUCCUGGGGGCCAUUAUUGCCGACUCCUGGCUCGGGAAGUUCAAGACUAUCAUAUACCUGUCCAUUGUCUACGCUGUUGGCCAGGUCGUGAUGGCUGUUAGCGCCAUUCAUGACAUCACUGACGCAAACAAAGAUGGCGUACCAGACAACCUUACUCUUCAUGUGGUUCUUGCCAUGAUUGGCCUGUUCCUGAUUGCGUUGGGGACAGGUGGGAUCAAACCAUGUGUGUCUGCCUUUGGAGGGGACCAGUUUGAGGACCACCAGACAAGGCAAAGGAGUACAUUCUUUUCGGUGUUCUACCUGUGCAUCAAUGCCGGAAGCCUUCUGUCUACCAUCAUCACGCCGAUUCUAAGAGCUCAGGAGUGUGGCAUCCACAGCCAACAAAAGUGCUACCCGCUUGCCUUUGGGGUGCCAGCAGCUCUGAUGGUGGUUGCAUUAGUUGUUUUCGUGGUUGGAAGUGGCAUGUAUGUCAAAACUGCUCCAACUGGAAACAUCAUGGGGCAGGUUUCUAAAUGCAUUGGUUUUGCCAUCAAGAACCGCUACAGGCACAGAAGCAGUCAGUAUCCCUCAAGAGAACACUGGAUGGACUGGGCCACAGAGAAAUAUGACAAACUCCUGAUCCAGCAGAUCAAGAUGGUCCUCAAGGUCCUGUUCUUGUAUCUACCCCUGCCUAUGUUCUGGACCCUGUUUGACCAAAAGGGAUCUCGCUGGACUCUGCAAGCUACCACCAUGGAUGGAAACUUUGGAUUUCUCAUUUUACAACCAGAUCAAAUGCAGACUUUGAACCCUAUCUUGAUUCUCACUUUGGUUCCAAUAACUGACCGUCUUAUAUACCCACUCAUUGAGAAAUGUGGCUUCAACUUCUCGCCGUUGAAGAGAAUGACAGUUGGGAUGUUUCUGGCAGCUAUGGCCUUUAUUUCUGCUGGCUUUGUUCAGCUUGAGAUUGAUAAAACCUUGCCUGUUUUCCCCACAAGUACUGAAGCCCAAGUAAGGGUUCUUAACAUGAGAACUACAGAGCUGACAGUAACAAUCCCGCCUUAUGAGUCUUUUCAACUUGGAGCUAACCAGGCAAAUGGGAAUGGGUAUUUAACAUUUGUCAAUGACGAGAUAGAUGUCUCAUUGGGCUCACCAAAUGAACCCGGACUUACCAAUGUCACAAAAGGUAUCAGGCAGACUCUAGUGAUCACUCCUGUUGGUGUUGAGGUCUUUAAUGAUACAAAUAGCAAACCAGGUCAAGGCAACAAUGCCGUAAGAUUCAUCAGUGCCACAGCAGUAAGUGUGUCCGGAGGGGAAGUAGAAACUGGAAGUUUAGUCCCAUUCACAUAUUCAAACUACACCCUGGUGCCCCGCGGGACGAAGACAUUCACAAUCAGCAGUGAUGUUGGUGGACAGCCAUGUGAAUACACCAAGGACUUCGGCUUUGGAGCCUCCUACUCUUUCGUCAUCCCUGCCACUAUCUCAGGGGAGAAUUGCGGGGUUCAGGAGGUGGAGGAGAUGCAGCCCAACAGUGUCCACAUGGCUCUCCAGAUCCCACAGUACUUCUUCAUCACGGCAGGGGAGGUUGUCUUCUCUGUGACCGGUCUGGAGUUCUCUUACUCACAGGCGCCAAGCAACAUGAAGGCGGUUCUUCAGGCUGGCUGGCUGCUUACUACAGCUAUGGGCAACUUCAUUGUUCUGAUUGUGGCCCAAAUAUCAAAAUUAGUCCAAAUGAAACGGUGGGCGGAGUACAUACUCUUUGCAUCACUCUUGCUGGUCGUUUGUGUAAUAUUCUCCGUCAUGGCCUAUUUUUACACCUACAUUGAUCCUGUUGCUAUUGAGGCUGAAUUCAAGCGGAAGGAGGGACUUGAUGAAAAGGAUGAAAAGGGAGAAAAGGAUGAGAAAGAGAAGCUGGAACUGAAAGAGAAAGAGGCGUACCAUGAUGAUGACGAGGAAGAGCCAAGACAGACCAAAAUGUGAACUCAAAUGUGAAUCAGAUGGAUCGUCUAGCGCUGGGGAACCUAUGUCUCGAGGGCCGUUUAUGGCCCUUGAGGCCGUCUUAUUCGGCCCCUGAUACAAUUUUUAUGUUAUGCAGUUUCACAUGAAAUGUGACAUGUUUUGUAAAGGAAUCUUAGAAAUUACAUUUGAGGGGGGCGCGGUGGCGCAGCGCGCUAAGCCCCCCACACUUGGGCUUGCAUGCCCACGGGGACCCCGGUUCGAGUCCGGCCGGGGUCAUUUCUCAACCCUACCCCAUCUCUCUCCACAUUCACUUCCUGUCGCACCUUCACUGUCCUAUCCGAAAU